CUGACUCAAGAUUGUAUACAUAUAGCUCUAGAUAGCUCUUCGAUGCGUCGCGCUCUAUCACCUGUUAAUUGUUAAUCAUUUUACCUUCUGAAAAUUCCCAAGUGGGCGAAGGGGCGGACGGAAUGCGAAACUAUUGCGCGAUAAUCAUGCCCAAACUAAAGUAGAAGCCGUUCUAUAAUCACGCAAUCUAACACAAUUCGCACAAAGCUGGUUUAUAUAAACCAGAAUCCAAACCACCAUCGAUUCUUUACACGAACAUGUCCGCUCCAGCCACUGCACCUCCACCAGACCCCAACCGCCCUUCUCUUCGUCUUGGCUCCGUCGCUCCCGAUUUCUCGGCCGAAACAACGCUUGGUCCGAUUAAAUCCUUCCAUGAAUGGCUCGGAAACUCCUGGGGUAUCCUCUUUUCCCACCCAGGUGAUUUUACUCCCGUUUGCACUACCGAGCUCGGUGAGGUCGCUCGACGGGCCAAAGCAGGUGACUGGGAAAAGAGGAACAUCAAGGUCAUCGGUAUCAGUGCCAACGGCUUAGAGGAACACUACAAGUGGGUGAAGGACAUCAAUGAAUACGGUACAAAAAGUGUCUCAGAGACUGACGUCCAAUACCCUAUCAUCGCCGACGGUGACCGCCGCAUUUCCUACCUCUACGACAUGCUUGAUUACCAGGAUGCCACCAACAUCGAUACUAAAGCUGGACUUCCCUUCACUAUCCGCAGUGUCUAUGUCAUCGAUCCAGCCAAAAAGAUCAGGCUCAAAUUGGACUAUCCCGCUGUAGCUGGAAGGAACUUUGACGAGAUCAUCAGAGCAAUCGAUGCGAUUCAGUUGGGUGAUAAAUACAAAGUUGCUACUCCCGUCAACUGGAGGCCUGGAGAAGACGUUAUCGUGCAUGCUAGUGUCCAAGGCGAGGAAGCCAAGAGGCUAUUCCCUGAGCACACAGUUCACUAUCCCUACCUCCGUACUACCCCGCUCAAAGUAUAAUUGCUGUAGAAAGAAAGGAAGGAUUCAUAUGUAACAUAUCAACGCUGUUGUGUAAAGUCGCUUGCGAGCAAAAAAAUUAGGAACUUGUCGUUGCCGAAGUUUUUUUGAUCGAUAUCACGAUGCCAAGCCUUCAGAAGCUUCAGACUCGGUCAAAGCUGUGGUUCUCCGACAACAAUGUAAUCAUGCACAUGUCCUGCUCACG